GCGCGGUGACGUCACGCGGCGUGCGCCGCUGAUGGUGAACUCUGAACGCGAGAGAGACAGUCGUGCAAAAGCGCGUUGAAUUUUCACUCGAUCCGGAUCAAAACGCGAUAAAUGAAGCGAGACAGCCGUCAGUGUGCUCGUGUUUAACCACAAUACGAGCGGAGCGAUGGUUAACCGAGAGUUUGUGUGGUAAACAACUGCUCAGCACUGACAGUAAACAGUCCAGCCACAAGUUACCAAGUUGAAGGGCGCCGUGUGUCAAUCACUCUCAAGCCCCGCCCAUCAUGACGGAGGUCAGCCUGGUGAAGGAAGGCUGGCUCUAUAAACGAGGUGAGUACAUCAAGACCUGGAGGCCGCGCUACUUCAUCCUGAAGAGUGACGGAUCCUUCAUGGGCUAUAAGGAGAAGCCGGAGCUAACGGAUCAGAGCUCGGCUCCGCUCAAUAACUUCUCUGUGGAAGAGUGUCAGCUGAUGAAGACCGAGCGUCCGCGGCCAAACACCUUCAUGAUCCGCUGCCUGCAGUGGACGAGCGUCAUCGAGAGAACCUUCCACGUGGAGAGCAGCGAGGAGAGGGACGAGUGGAUGCGUGCGAUCCAGGCCGUGGCCAAUGGGCUGCAGGCGCGGGAAGCGGACGAACCAAUGGAGAUCAAGUACAGCUCUCCCGGUGACGUCUGCGGUCUGGAGGACAUGGAGGUGUCUCUGUCCAAAUCCAGCUCCAGAGUGACGAUGAAUGACUUCGAUUACCUGAAGCUGCUGGGUAAAGGCACGUUUGGGAAGGUGAUUCUGGUGCGAGAGAAAGCCUCGGGGGUGUACUACGCCAUGAAGAUCCUGCGGAAGGAAGUCAUCAUCGCUAAGGAUGAAGUGGCACAUACGGUCACAGAGAGUCGAGUGCUGCAGAACACCAGACACCCGUUCCUGACGACUCUUAAAUAUGCCUUCCAGACCCCUGACCGGCUGUGUUUUGUGAUGGAGUAUGCUAAUGGAGGAGAGCUGUUCUUCCAUCUGUCCCGUGAGCGUGUCUUCUCUGAGGACAGAGCGCGCUUCUACGGCGCUGAGAUCGUCUCCGCUCUCGACUAUCUGCACUCACAGAACGUCGUCUACAGGGACCUGAAGCUGGAGAACCUCAUGCUGGAUAAAGACGGACAUAUGAAGAUCACAGACUUUGGUCUCUGUAAGGAGGGAAUCACAGAUGAGGCCACCAUGAGAACGUUCUGUGGAACCCCAGAAUACCUUGCGCCGGAGGUGCUGGAGGACAAUGAUUACGGCCGCGCGGUGGACUGGUGGGGUCUGGGAGUGGUGAUGUACGAGAUGAUGUGCGGACGCUUGCCCUUCUACAAUCAGGACCACGAGCGGCUCUUCGAGCUCAUCGUGAUGGAGGAGAUCCGUUUCCCCAAGAACCUCUCGCCUGAAGCCAAAGCGCUGCUCACCGGCCUGCUGAGGAAAGACCCCAAACAGAGGCUCGGAGGCGGAGCUGAUGACGCCAGAGAAGUGAUGGCGCACAAGUUCUUCUCCGGUAUUCACUGGGAAGACGUGCUGCAGAAGAAGCUGGUGCCGCCCUUUAAACCGCAGGUGACGUCCGAGACGGACACACGCUACUUUGACGAUGAGUUCACAGCGCAGAGCAUCACUGUUACACCGCCAGACAAGCUGAGCCGUCAGGAUGUGGAGGACGCUGGGCCGGUCGCUCACUUCCCUCAGUUCUCUUACUCCGCCAGCAUACGAGAGUGACCGACUCGUCUCUGCUGACGACCCAUAAUGCAUCAUGAUGGACUCUGAGCGACUGCCAGCGCAGACGAAGCUGAAGUCAUGUGGUGUGUGUACAGAUGGAUCUCUCUCACUCAAUGAAUGUAUUGAUUACCGGUGCUCAGAAUG